UAAAUUCCAGGCGACAAAUCUGAAAUCCCUAACAAACCCUAGAAUUACAAAAACGCCCGGUACAUCUCUCUCCACCGAUCUUCAUCAUCACCCCCAAUUCUCCAUCCAAUCUCCACCGUUCAUUUUCAUUCCUGAUCUCCGUCGUCCUCCACCGUCCCCUUUGCGAUUCGCGUGUUAUCCAACGAGCCUUACAGUUUUCUGCGCUCAAAUUUAUUCUCCCUCUCUUAAUGGUGACAUUUCCCCCCUAAUUCCCUUUGAGAUGGACAGAAUGCAUGGUAGCGAUGCUGGGAUUAUGCAUUACUUGCAAGAUCAACAUAAUCUUGGGAUCCAUCAUCAUAUGAGUAAUGGGAAUUCAAUCGAUGGAGACGAACACGAGGACAAUAAUAACAUAGGCAACACCAGCGGCGGAAUAAAUGAAUCCAUGGAUGAAGAUGUUACAGCUGAUAUGGGGAAUCAAUUGGAUAACCAUGGAGCACUCAUAUCGCAAAUUGGGGACAUUGAGAAUAGUAACCAGCUCACUCUCUCCUUCCAGGGUCAAGUUUACGUGUUCGACUCUGUCUCUGCCGAAAAGGUUCAAGCUGUGCUUCUACUCUUGGGUGGCAAGGAAGCACCUACUAACCAUCCUGCUGCUCCAGUAUCUACCUCUAGUAACAAAGGCUUACCUAGUACCCCUCAAAAGUUAAACGUUCCUCAGAGAAUGGCUUCACUACUUAGAUUUCGUGAGAAGCGGAAAGAACGGAAUUUUGACAAAAAAAUACGCUAUACUGUCCGUAAGGAAGUUGCUCUAAGGAUGCAGAGGAAAAAAGGUCAAUUUACAUCCUCAAAGCCAACUCAUGAUGAUUGUACAUCAGGUGGGUCGAGUUGGGACUCAGGUCAGAACUGGGGAGCUGAUGGCAGUGGGUCACAAGUUCAAGAUAUUUGCUGUCGGCACUGUGGUACAAGUGAGAAGUGUACCCCAAUGAUGCGCCGUGGGCCCGAAGGACCGAGGACCCUUUGUAAUGCGUGUGGACUUAUGUGGGCAAAUAAGGGAACUUUGAGGGAUCUCUCAAAGGCAACAACCCCAGUAGGAACCAACCCUCUGCGUAACAUAAGUGAGGAGCGGAAUGGGAGUUUUGAGGCGGAAGAAAUGGUUCUGAGCGCUACUGGAAAUGGCAAUGAUUCAUCAUGAUCAUUCAUUCGUGUAGCUUUAUGGUACAUUGUUACUAAUGGAAACGACUUGAUGUAAACUAGACUCGCUUCAGCUAUUCACGUGACAAUGGAAGUGGCUUUGACAUGCAAUUUCUUUUUUUUACUGAGGGACUGCAGUUAAAAUUAUGUCGUGUUAUUCGUCGUUAGCGGUGAAAGUAACAUAAUUAUUUGAUUUGCCCUAUUUUCUGCUUCAGUGUUUUGACCAAUUAUGCACAUACAUCAUCCUUGCUCGUUUGUUAGUAUAUUGGCUUCGUAGUAAGCAGGUUUACUUUGUAUUUAAGUAAUGUAACAAAUUCUCAAAUUACUUGAGGCCC